AUUGAAUUUAUAGCCGAGGCCUAUCGAAUCGAGGCUCAGAUAUGCUGUGAAAGUCGAGCGUUAAGUUUUGUGUAAAAUGUCCAAACAAAAUUACGUGUGAAAUUCGUGCAUCAAAAUUUAGUUCGUUACGCGCACAUAAAGUCUUUACAUAAACCCACAACAAACACGCUUUCCUAACCCCAGCCAGGGUAACUGCAGAGGGCAGCGGUGUCUGUUGCGCAUUCAUUGAAGGGGCCAGACACAUGGCACAGCAGCACGAGGAGCAGCAGCAGCAGCGGGAGCAGCAGCAGCAGCGGCAGGAGCAGCAUCCUCAGCAGCAGCCACCGCUAUCGGAGGCGACUGCUUUAACGCUAUUGAAUAGCGUUGUGGCUGGCGUUGCCACGCCCCCCGUUUUGGACAUGCCCGCGAUGGGGUCGGGGGCAUUGGAAGCUAUUGAGACGGGUGGCACUAGUGGCGCUGCCAGCGGGUCAGCCGGGGGCGGUGGAGCUGGUGGGGGAGUCGACGGUGUCGAUGGCGGCGGUGGCACUGGUAGUGACGGUGGCGUUGUGGCCACACAACUGGGGGUCGUGCUGCCAACGGGAUCGGGACCGGGUCAGGCAAGUCUGGAUAGCGUCCAUUCGGCAAAUGAAUUCGGUAAUUCAUGUCGCAUCUGUCGCUGGAAUCGGAGCGACAUGGAGAUCAUAAAUUGUCCGUGCAAAUGCAAGGGCAGUGUGGGCUACAUACAUCUGAAGUGCUUGAAACGAUGGAUCAUGCAUCGUCACGACAAUCGGUGCGAGAUUUGUAACGCACCCUACAAUAUAACUGCGGAUCGAGCGAGCCUCAAGCAAAUGAUGCGCGCGUUCUGCUGCGGUCGCUGCUGCGGCAUGAUUGUGAAGCAUGUGCUGUUCAGUGCCUCGCUAAUGCCGCUCGCCCAUGUCAUACUGCAGCAGGUGCUGCAUUGCAUGGAUAAUUUGAAUCAGGGCAGCACUGAGCAGCUAACGGUACAGGAGGUGUUUGUCGCAUCCUGUGCGCUGCUCACGUCCAGCGCUCUCUUCUUUCAUUUCUUUGAAUUUGUGACGACUCGCUUCCUGCUCAUACGCAACAUUUUGCGCCAUUGGUGGAUGUUUGGCAGCACCAACGAUUUUGGGCUCGUCGAGGUUGAAGACGAUUCAUUUGACCUGUUCUGAGAUAGCCCAACCGCAAGCGGACAACGCGGGCAGGCUAUCAGACAAGCAGGCAGGCCAACAGGUAAACGCCUAAUAUUUGGAAUGCACAAAUUAAAAAAAAUAGAUGGAGAGAUUGCCUAUCAAAAAUGCUUAGGCUAUUUAAAUUAAUUCUACUCCCUCAGUUUAUUCAAACUAUUUAGAAAAUACAUCUAAAUUGUCAAGUUUAUUAAUAAAACAAGAUACUUGCAUUACGGCAUUCAAUUGAAAAAA